AAUUGCGAGAAUUGCAUAAAAUAUACUAGCUAAACCUGUAAAGAUACCGCAUUCCAAUUUUGAAGUCAAAGUACUGUUGACUGACUCAAAGCAAACAAAUUGAGAGGUUGGGUAGCCGACUUAAAAUGGUCCAUAGUUCAGGUUAGUUUAUGCGUUAUUACCUUUGAUAUAUUAUACAUUUUAUAUUACCUAAUUAAACUGAGUGGAGAUCCAUAAGUAUGAUGAAUUGUCAUUGCUUGCACUGAGUGCUUCCGUGCAUCCACGCACCAUAUUUCAAUCACUUGUCUAGUCCAACUCAUACUUUUAAUUUGCCUGUCAACAUGUUAAAUAAAAAAAAUAGCAACUAAAUAUCCAAUGGUAUAGAUUGAAACAUAGUAGAAGAUGGGUGGUAGAUGAAGAAGUGGUAUACAUAUACGAUGCACUUGGUGUAUGCAAAAUUCCUAUCAUUAGGUAGAGAAGACAAAAUAGCGCUCGGAUCCACACAUUUCUGCUUCUUGCCAUGGACCACCAAUUAUCAUGGCGUGCACCUUUUGUGCCAUUUUUUUUCAUGCGGCUGAGUUUUCAUUUUCCACCCGGAAUAUGCGGAAAAUGGAAAGCCCAAUUUUCCUGCAAAUGUAAAAAAGUAUUUUACAGAGAAAAUACUUUUAUGGCUAAACAAGUGAGUGAAAAAGUAUUUUUUCAAGCCGAAAAUAGUUUCAGUUGGUUUUUACAUCAAAUCAAACACACCCUUAGCACUCUUCUGGAGGAACUUUCUUUGAAGUAUAUGAGAUGCAUCAUACUAAAUUACUUGUAUGCAAUACAAUGUUUCGUAUAAUAUAAUUCUGAAAAUAUACUUGGCCUGUUUGAACAAGUUAUCUGGUAUAUGUUAUGCAAAUUUGAAUUUUCUUUCAUGAGUGCAACCUUGGGGUUUGAUUUUAGCCUACUUUAAUGUCCUGAUAAUUGUGAUAAUUUAAAUAGCUUACUCCACCUGUAAGGUUAUCUUAUUCAUUGCCAAAAAUAAUGAUUUAGGCCCUGUUUGGAUGCAUGAACAUUUUAUUCGGUAUAUCCUGUUGAUUUACUCAAGAAGCAUGUAGUAUUUGAUAGAUAAGGAGUGUGACCAAAUGUUUAGAAUGGAUACCAUAUUUGACCUUCAAGUUAUUUUUUUGGAGUAAGAUAAAUCACCUUCUAGGUGAAAUAUGCUAUCCUACCAAAUCAUAGAUGCUAGACUUUUUGGGGAGAAAGAAUCAAACUACUAAAUCCUAAUCACGUGUACGUGAUAAGUUAUCAUUGGAUAUCUUAUUCCGACGUCCAAACAGGGUCUGGGAGGCCAUAUGUACUAUUUAACUAAACUGUUGUAGACAUAAUUUCAUGCUUUUCACAUCCAAUUACCAUAUACUUCUUGAGUAACAAAGGACAUAUAAGGAACAAUAUGUUCAUGCAUCUGAAGUAUAUUAAUAUAUCCAUCUGUAUCUAUAUUUACUUUCAUACUGCAACUUGUUUUUAUUAACUUGUUUUUCUUCUUCACUACAUUAUCCUAAAUUAGAUCCCGGUUUUCUGUCCUAAAAUCAGUGGCAACUACCCCCUUCUAUUUUUUGUGGAAUGUUACCAGACAAACCAUCUUGGAGUCUUUAUUCAGUUUCUUUGACUUAUUACAUUACAUUUCCGAAGAACAAUGUUCUGUAGGUUAAACUCCGUUUUUGAAAUAUCUUCUUAGUUGUACUUUAACAAAAAAGGACCUCCUUUUUAGCCUUUUUUAUGUCUACUGCAUUGAUAUCAUGAGUUCUGUCAUUACUGAUUAUUCUCAUAUAAAAAUCCAUUGCCUGUGAUGAGCGUGUAGCUGAAUAAUAGACUAGCUGAUUGUACAGAGAAAAACAAGCUUCAAUGUUUAUCAAUUUAGUUGUCUAGGCCAGUGGAAGGAAGAGAGUCUUGAUGGCACUUUGAACUUUACAAUGGCAUGUAAAAGCCAGGUCAACUUUAGGUUAAGGUCCUGUUUGGAUAUAUAAUAUUUUUUUUUUAAAAAAAAUCAACCAUGGUUUGAUACUGAAGUAAGAAACUUAAUCUCCUCCAAUCAUUCUAUGGACUCUUGGAGGAAUAUUUACUUCGUCAGAUAUUGUUUGGUAACAAACUUGAACUCUACAGUAAUUCUAUGGUCUCUUGUAGUAGUACUUCGGAUACUCGUGCAGAUUAAGUGUCUAAAAAACUUAGAUGUCUACCAUGAAGAAGUUAUUCAUAUUCUUCACCAGCAGUAAAACAAAUGAUUACUAAUUUCCUAAGCUCUCUUUUAGUGAUUUUCUUCUCUCUUUUUUAUCCUAUGCUUCUUUUUGUGUGGUUUCUGCUAUCCAGCGGUAAACAGCACCUUCAUUGGAAAAUGCUAUCUAAUCUAUUAUCUUUCGUGCCAUAUUGUGUAGGUGCUCCAAGGUUUCGUUUUUUAUCACAUAAUACAACCUUAAAUGAACUUUCCUUAGCAAAGAAGCAAAACUUUUGUUGUCCCUGCAAAUCUUACAUUGAAGAAGGGUCUUCCGAAGAAGGCUAUACACCUAUAAUGGCAUCAAACUCCUCAUUUCCCAGUUGGGAAGAUCCAAAUUUUCAUUCCAGUAUGCUCUUUGGUUCUGAUUCUAAUUCUAUGGUGCAUCGACCUUCAGCUUAUGACACCCCUGAACUUGAUGAUAGGGAGAAGUUAAGACGGAUAAAGAUUUCAAAAGCAAACAAGGGAAAUAUUCCAUGGAACAAAGGCAGGAAACAUAGCGCUGAAACAAUUCAAAAGAUCCGCGUAAGAACUAAAAUAGCAAUGCAGGACCCCAAGGUCAAAGCUAAGUUGCUGAAGCUGGGACAUCCUCAGAGUAAGGAGACAAGGACAAAAAUUGGCACAGGAGUGCAAGAGGGGUGGCGUCGACGUCGUAAGAGAUUGUCGAUUCAGGAGAAUUGCUUAUAUGAAUGGAAUAACAUGAUUGCUGAAGCAUCAAGGAAGGGGAAUGCUGGUGAAAAGGAGUUACAGUGCGAUUCAUAUGAUAUCUUGGACAAACAAUUGAUGGAGGAAUGGCUGGAAAGCGUUGAGAAGAGGAAAAUAAUGCGUAUGUCCAAAGGCAGCAGGAGAGCACCGAAAUCCCCUGAGCAGCGCAGGAAGAUUUCUGAGGCUAUAUCCGCUAAAUGGGCUGAUCCUGAAUAUCGUGAACGGGUUUGCACCGCUCUAGCAAAUUAUCAUGGCACACAUGCUGCAGUAGAAAGAAAACACAGAAGAAAGGCAAAUGGUGAAACCAUAGUAAGAAAGAGUUACGUGAAGAAAAAAACUGUGCGUCGUGGAGGGGAUGUUGAAGGAAAUGCUGUUGUAGAGGUGGCAGCUAUUAGAAAGGUGAAUUCGCUGGCAGCUAUUAGAAAGGUGAAUGUGAAUCCAUCGUUCAAAGAUCCAAUGGCAAGUUCCAAGUUUGGCAUGAUACAGAGAAUAAAAGAACAAAGGGAAGCAUUGAAAACCAGAAGAAAGGAAGCAGCCGAGAGAGUGAGGUUUUUAGUUGCGGAAGCAGAGAGGGCUGCCAAAGCUCUUGAAGCGGCUUCCUCACGAAGCCAUGUUGCACAAGCUUCACUUGUGGAGACCAGGAAGCUACUUGCUGAAGCAAAAUGGUACACCAGAAGAAUUGAAGAUGGACUAUUGCCAAAUCAGAGUGGCAUCGUUGAACCGGCAUUGAAUUUUAGUGGUUCCUUAGAUUUUUCAGGAAGUAAUUUGGAAGAAAGAGAAAAAGUACUAGAUUCAAUCAGGAGACUACUAAAUUCCAACAGCCAAUCUUUACGGGAAUUCAAUGCGGGGGAUCUUCUUUCUGGAAAGAUCCAACAGCAGAAUGUAAGCAAUAAAGAGGAAGUUGGAGACCAUGGCACAAUUGCAUCACAACCCACCAAUGGGAGUGUAAAGUGGCAUGAACCAAAAGCGGACGUCCAUGAAGGCACCGAUGCUUCCGCUAGUUGCAAAAAUGGUGUACCAUACAGGAAACAUGAAUCAGAAAGUGACGGUUCCGAAUCAGUUGGUACCAAAACUAAGAAAAAGUGGGUUCGAGGGAGGCUUGUUGAAGUGCAGGAGUGAGAUCAUUGUGUCACAAAGAAUGUUUUCUUAGUAGUAGCGGUCUAGAAUGGAUUCUCUAGAAAUUUUGGCAGUGUACAUCUUAAAUGUAAAAUUGAACUGAGAAAGAUGUGACUACUAAUGAAGGCUAGCCAUGCAUUCUGCGAUGUUCUAAAAUUUCCAGAGAGGUAGUAGAAUAUUCCUUUUGUCAUUUCUCUUUAGGAGGUCAACUAGCAAUUCGUCGCACGAAGUGCGAAAGUGUUAGCCCAAUAAAUGUAUCAAGUAAAUUACAGCACACA